CUCAAGAACCCUAAAAACUUUUAUCUAGGGUAAUCGAAUGGGAGCGCUUCCAGAGCAGCAGGCCGAGCCCGCGGCGCCCAAGAGCAAGGAUGUGGAGAUGAAGGAGGCGGCGCCGGCGGUGUCGUCGCCGGAUCGCAAGGACCAGGCCGGGCCGUCGCUUCUCUCGCAUCUGAAGAGCAUUGCGGCCCUGGUGGAGAAGGGCGUGAGCACGAAAGAGAUGAGGCUCAUGGUUCGUGCUGUCCGGAAUGUGAUGGUCAUAAAGCGGAAGCUCAAGCCAGGGUCUCUUGCCGCGUUUGUCAAGUAUGUCAUGUCCACCGAUGCGGACUCAGUGCUCCAGUUUGUGAAGAAGCAGGAGGAGGACAAGGUGUCGAUGGAAGUUGAUAUGCCGUCGCAAGUUUCCAAUAAGCCGAACGUACUCCCGGAGCUGGAAAUCCUAUGCUACCUCCUUGUUCUCAUCUACUUGCACGAUCAGAAACAGUAUAAACAGGCGAAAGCUUGUGCAGAUGCCGGCAUCAAGAGAUUGCAGCAGCUAAACCGGAGGACUCUGGAUGUGUUGGCCUCGAGACUGUAUUUCUACUACUCACUCAGCUACGAAUGCAUCGAUUCACUGGCUGAUAUUCGAGGGACACUUCUUUCUCUGCAUCAGACUGCUACACUUCGCCACGACGAGCUGGGACAGGAAACUCUACUAAACCUGCUGUUACGGAACUACCUUCACUACAAUCUGUACGAUCAAGCAGAGAAGCUCCGCUCAAAGUCGCAAAGAGCGGAGUCGCACGCGAAUCAGCAGCUUUGCCGCUACCUCUUUUACCUGGGGAAGAUCAGAACUAUUCAGCUCGAGUACACAGAUGCCAAAGACUCGCUGAUGCAGGCCGCGAGAAAGGCACCGACAAUCGCUCACGACUUCCGGAUACAGUGCAACAAGUGGGCGGUGAUCGUGAGGCUUCUCCUGGGCGAGAUUCCGGAGAGGACAACGUUCAUGCAACGGGGUAUGAAGGCCGCGCUCCGCCCUUACUUCGAGCUAACAAACGCUGUUCGCAUUGGAGACCUGGAGUUGUUUAAAUCCGUGGCGGACAACUUCUCGCCAAUCUUUUCGCGAGACAAGACGCACAACCUCAUCGUCCGGCUGCGCCACAACGUGAUCCGGACGGGCCUGCGCAACAUCAGCAUCUCCUACUCCCGCAUCUCGCUGGCGGACGUGGCCGCCAAGCUCCACCUCUCGUCCGACAGCGCCGUGAGCGACGCCGAGAGCAUGGUGGCCAAGGCCAUCCGCGACGGCGGCAUCGACGCGGUGAUCGACCACGCCCGCGGCUUCAUGCAGUCGCGCGAGACGGGCGACAUCUACUCGACGCAGGAGCCGCAGCUCGCCUUCCACUCGCGCAUCGCCUUCUGCCUCAACACCUACAACGAUGCCGUCAAGGCGCUGCGCUUCCCGCCCAACGCGCACAAGAAGGAGCUGGAGAGCGCCGAGAAGCGGCGCGAGCGGCAGCAGCAGGAGCAGGAGCUCGCCAAGCACAUCGCCGAGGAGGAGGACGACGAUUUCUAAAAUUCCCCCCUCUUUCUUCUUUAAACUUUUAAACAUAAAAAACGCGCGAGAAGUGAAAAGCCCUAAUUUAAAGCCUUAAAGCCUAAAA